AUGGUUUCCAUGCUCGAAAGCCAGGUCCUAUACAUCCAAUGCUCUGUUCUAUGGGCUACAAGAGCUAUCUUCUAUACCGCCUUUGUCUGUAUCAGCUACAGGCUCUCACAGCUACGACCAACGGAUGAAUGCCUAGAGGAAAUUACCUCAAUAGAGUCAGAGGAGUCAGGGGAAUCUGCUUCUUGCAUUCUGGAUCGGGUUCCUGGCUGGUAUGCGUAUUUUCUCAACGUCGUCUUUGCCGCAUGGCCGGAAUACCUUAUUCUUCAUCUCUUGGUAAAAAGGGCCGACGUUGAUGAGCUGGUAGAGUUCUUUGUGCAGGAAGAUGUAGAGUUGGACAUGGUUAGUAUCGCUAGUUCGGAUUACAGCUAG